AUGACUUAUUUAAUUCGCUACAUCAUUUGCGGUGCCUCAUUUCCGAGACACGAAACCGGAUCUAUAUCGGUUUCCUGGCUCCAAGAAUACCGUGCGGUCUACUACACAUCACCAUCGUUAUCUGAGGUCCGUCUUUCCGGCGUUGGAUUACGAAGGUCGACGGACAAGACCGACUACUUUACGGUUCCCGUCGGUGAGUCAGAACGGCGGGACAAUGAAGGCCACCUGCCAAUAGACGCUCGAGUGCUAAAAGACGAGGACGGUCAAUAUGGGUUUGUUUUCCAUGAUGCCUGCUGGCUUCUUGUCAAAGAAUCCAAAGAAGAACGCUCUCUUUGGACCGAUUGA